AUGACGGCCUCCUCUCGGGAUAAUUCGGUAGGAAAACAAAGGAGUGCGGCAGUUGAUGGACAGGAUGGGCGGGGAUGGGCACGUGGGAGUCGGACUGGGGGCGGGAGAGGAACAGGAACAGGAAGUGAUGGGAAAAAUCCAGAACAAAGUCAAAACGGUCAGAGAGCGACAAACGGCGGUGAUGGAAACGGUACCGGUCAAGACGACAAAGACAAUGGACGACGAAGCCCGCAGUCGCAGCGAGUAGGCCACCAACUUCUAGAUUCACAUUUGUCAUCAUCCAAAGCAAAGGAUCACGAUCACGAUCACAUGGCGACGGACUCCGACUUGGACUUGGACACGGACUCGGAAUCGGACACCACAGACUCGGAAGAAGACCGCCGAAUAUCAACCGAACUCCACCGGGAAGUCUUCUUCAGUGCUGUUGGCGAGGAAGAGGCGUAUGAGUUAACUUCGACCAAGAAGAAGCCCAAGGGAAAGCGUAAGAAGGGCAACAGGAGGAGGGGAACUAGCAAGUUCCCAGACCUGGAUGACGAAAGUGUUAGCACGACAACGAGCGGUAAAAGUUUCCAGUUGCGAUACACGCCAGAAGAAGAAAGAGAAGUGGUGAAAAAGUUUGAUCGUAAACUGGUGCUUUUCGUGGCCCUGCUUUAUAUGUUGAGCUUUUUGGAUCGGUCUAACAUCGGAAAUGCCCGUAUCGCGGGUAUGGAAGAAGACCUCCAGUCCACUCCUCCCAAGGAUGGUUGGUACGAGUGGGCUCUAACAGCCUUUUACAUCGCCUACAUCUGCUUCGAAUGGAUGUCCCUUCUCUGGCGCCUCAUACCCGCCCACAUCUACGUCUCCAUCAUCGUUCUCUGCUGGGGCUUGACGGCGUCGCUUCAAGCCGUGGCAGUCAACUACCCUAUGCUCAUUUUUUUGCGCACAAUUCUGGGUAUCGGCGAGGCGGCCUUUACCGGAGUGCCCUUUUACUUAUCCUUCUUUUACAAGCGGCAUGAGUUAGCUCUUAGGACGGCCGUGUUUAUAUCAGCCGCCCCCCUAGCAACCAGCUUCGCCUCCUUCCUAGCCUGGGCCAUUUUGAAGCUAGGCGAAAUCUCUCCCGUCCGCCCCUGGCGUCUCCUUUUCCUGAUAGAAGGUUUCCCCUCCGUCAUCGUCGCCGUGCUCGCCUGGCACAUCAUCCCUGACUCCCCGCAAACUGCUCGCUACCUCACCCGUCGCGAAAAGAAAGUCGCGGCUCUCCGUCUCCGGUCCUCAUCCUCUUCCUCCUCCCCGUUUUCUCAUUCUUCUGCCGGUCCGGGCCUCAAAACAAGCGACAUCCUAACAACCCUCACCUCCCCCACCGCCUGGCUCACCGCCGCAAUCUUCUUCCUUACCAACCUCGCCUACUCCUCCCUCCCCGUCUUCCUCCCCACCAUCUUGAUGUCCAUGAACCAUACCCCCCUCAUGUCCCAAGCCCUCUCCGCCCCUCCCUACCUCUGCGCUUUUAUAACAGUCCUCUGUACCGCCUCCUUCUCCGACCGAUACCACAACCGUUCCACCCCUCUAAUUUUCCACGCCCUCCUUUCCGCCUUCGGUUAUUCUGUUCUUGCCUUUUCCCAGUCUCUCGGUUUGGAACCGGGUAGCUGGGUCAGGUAUCUAGCCGUCUAUCCUGCCGCGAUCGGGUUUUUCAAUGUGGUGGUGUUGACGAUUGCGUGGAGUAUCAAUAACCAGCGGACUGAAGGCGGAAAGGGAAUGGGGUUUGCGUUGAUGCAGGUUCUAGGACAGUGUGGACCGCUUGUGGGAACGAGAUUGUAUCCCGCAAAGGAGGGGCCGUUCUGGAAGAGGGGGAUGGGGGUUUGUGCUGGGGCGAUGGUGGGAGUUGCUUUCGUGGCGGUUUUCUUGAGGGCAUACCUAGCGAGAAAGAAUAGGAAACUCGAGGAGGAGACUGCCUAUGAAGGUGUGGGGCAAGAUGAGGAGGAGGGGCUGGUUGAUGGUGAAAGGGAGGGAGGAAGUAGGGAAGAGAGGUUUAGGUAUAUGUUGUAAUGCUGCAGUUGGUUGUUCUUCAACAAGCCCAGGCGUUCUG